AUGGAACCCGGGAGCAUGGCGGGGAACAUUCUAGAUCCGGCGGCCCAGGAGUUCCACCCGGCGGCCUCCCCUCCCCCGUUCUCCCUCCUCCCCCCGCCGCCGGUUUACUACGCCUACGGUACGCCCCAAGCUCAACCCACUGCGGCGCUUCCCGUGCCCUUUUACCAGACCUCCCAGUUGAACCCUAGUCCGUACGUGAGCCCCGCCACGGCGCUGCCGGACACCAAGCCGACCCGGACGCUGCUGCUGAGCUCGGUGCCGCCGCACGCGGCGGAGAGCGCCGUUCGGGUCGAGCUCGAGAGCUUCGGCGGCGUGCGGGCAGUUGAGAUGGGGCGAGCCCUCGGGGAGGGGCUCGUAACAGUCCAUUUCUACGACCUGCGGAGCGCGCAGGCAGCACUGGCGGAGAUCCGCGAGCAGCACGUGCGGCAGCAGAGCCUCCUGGGCCAGCAGUACGGUUUCGUGGGAAUGGUCCCCGGCAGCGGCAGCGGGAGCGGCACCAAUUGGGGGGGAGGCGGAGACCCGCUAUGGGCGGAGCUGGGGGGCAGCUGUGGCAGCAACAUCGGCGGAUACUGUGGUGGCGGGCAGCCGGCGGUCGGGCGGGGGCUUAUUGCCGGGAGGGCCGUGUGGGCCCAGUUCGCCCCGGAGGCGGCGGGGCUCGACGGCCCCAACAACGGUUCCCUCGUUGUCUUCAAUUUGGACUCGGACGUCUCCUCCGCCGCGCUCAAGGAUGUCUUCGAAGUGUUUGGUCGGUAUUGUGCUCUUGCACUUGCAACUUCUUUUCCGAACAUCGUCGGAUUUUAUUCAAACAAAUUCAAUUCUCCGUUUGCCCGUCUGCUUUUCGUUUCGCGGUGCUUCGGCGCAUCGUGAUGCCCUUUUUCUUCCUCCUAGGAUCCCCUCAUCGGCCCUUCGAGCCGGAUUCAUCGAGUUCUUCUACUCGAAAGCUUUCUUCAUGCAACUGCUUUCAACGUUUUUUGUGGCCGAUUCAUCUUGAAUCCCUUGCUCCCAGAUGGUUCCGCCGCUCAGAGCUUCUGUUUUCUAUUCGCCAUCGCCCUCGCCCGUCUUUUUUCUGAGGUCUUGUGUAAAUUCGACCGACAGGAACGGUGAAGGAGCUGCGGGAGACCCCGUUGAAGCCUCGGCACAGGUUCGUCGAGUUCUUCGACAUUCGGGACGCCGCUCGGGCGCUCUACGAGCUCAAUGGCAAGGAGAUCUUCGGGAAACGCGUGGUUAUCGAGUUCAGCAGGCCCGGCGGCCAGCAAGCCAGGAGGUGCAGCUUAGUUGCUUCUGUUUUUCCCUCCCAUCUCCUUCUGCUCUCCCCCGAACGGGCGAGUUCAUCCUGCUAACGCCAAUACCGACAACCUGUGGAAGCGCGUGCAGGAAGGGCUCAAGCCACCAGCCGACGCCGUUGCCCCCAAGGUUACUGCGGCUCCCCAGGGCUGAUGCUUCGUAUGGGGCAACUUCAAGGCCGCCUCUCCUCGGGCGGGUGGGCGGCGAGUGUAGCGUGUCUACGGACGACAAAGCGGCCGGCGACAACGCCCGAAGGGGCAAGCGGGCCGGUGGCGGCGGCCCGUCUUCGGUUCCGGCCAGUUCGUCGAGGCAGCACUCAGGGCGGCAUAAGAACUGGAAGAGCCAAAGUGGCAAGAGCAGGAGUGCCACCGAGGCGAGGUUCCUCUUCAAGGACACCUUCGCCGGGGGCAGCUCGCCUUCUUCCUCUUUCCGGGAUUCCAGGACCACCGUCAUGAUUAAGAACAUACCCAACAAGUACAGGUCUGUCUGGUCUCCUCCCUCUUCAUCCGGCCAUUGGGGGGAUACGUUAUUCUUCUUUCAUUGUGAUUUUAUGACUGUUCUUCAUUCUCUUGUCUACGGUGCAGUCAGAAGCUCCUCCUGAACAUGCUGGACAACCACUGCAUCCACUACAACGAGAGAAUUGCGGCCGAAGGGGAUGGAAGCGAACCCAUGUCCUCCUAUGACUUUGUCUACCUCCCUAUCGAUUUCAAGUGAGUCUGUCCAUACUCCUUUUUUUCUGUAGUCACGAAGGCCACAUACAGUGGAAGUUGCUGAAUUAUUCUAUCAUUUUAAACGAAGCCUGGUUUACAUUUGGAAGAGGAAGGGAAGUUGCCGGGGAAAACGAGCCAAGGGCGACGACUGCCUGUCGCCGAAACCCUAGAGUUCGAGAUCGUUGUGGCCUAGACGAGCCCAUAGGAACCAAGAACAAGUUAUGGCUAGGGAAAGACAGAAGGUUUCCUUAGUCUUUUCGUACCAGUCCACCCCUGAAAAUCCAUGCCCAUCAAUCUCAUAAAACCUGAAAAGGGGGGGGAGGUGGGGAAGGGGAAAAGCUACUUUUGGGGUCACAAUGCGGGUCAAAAGGGAAAGAACGACCUAUAAGUAAAGCUGGAGAGGAUAAUAACUUUUUUAUUCGUUCAGGUGUUUUCUUAUGACUCUCCAUCCUCUCCUUCCGCCCGCUCCCAACCUUCUCCCCUUAUUCACUUUCAAACGUUAAGGCGUAAGAAUUCUUUCUUUGGUUUCUCACUGAUCUUCCUUUGUACCAUUUCGGCGAACUGUGCCCGCGCCCCCACUUCGUGAAUUGUCAAAUUAAGCAACAAGUGCAACGUAGGAUACGGGUUCGUCAACAUGACCUCGCCGGAAGCCACAUGGAGGUUGUACAAGGCCUUUCACCUGCAGCCCUGGGAGGUCUUCAACUCCCGGAAGAUAUGCCACGUGACCUACGCUCGCCUGCAGGUAUUGUAGAUUACUCCUCUCGUGCCGUCUGUCCGUGCGUUGAUUUCCCUGUCCCAUGAUUGUUUUUGGUUUGAUUCAUUUUACAUGACGAUAGAAUCUCGGUCUCUUAGAUGGUGUUAUAGUUCUGUAGGGUUUGGAGGCGUUGAAGGAGCACUUCAAGAACUCCAAGUUCGCCUGUGACACCGAUGAGUACAUGCCGGUAGUGUUCUCCCCGCCCAGAGACGGCAAAACGUUGAGCGCCCCGACCCCCAUAGGCAGCCGCGGUGGCGCCGCCUUGCUCACCGCUUCAGGGAGGAAGAAGAUGGCGGAGCUUAUGGAGGAGAUGGGUGUACUACCGUCGGACAACCAGUCGAUGGACGGAGACGGUUCCCUGUCUCCGAGCACGACGGGGUCGACGUUCCCACAGUAUGACCAGCAGGUAGAGGACGAAGAGGGGAUCGAGGAUCCUGUUGAUGGUGACGAUCGUGAUGACGACGAUAACGGGAGUCGAGAAGCAAGUGGCGGCCGCGGCGGCGGCGUUGGUGACAUGACAGAGCUUACUAAGGCCCUCCGCUACCACCACCUAUAG